AUAAUUUUCAUUUAUUAAGAAUCAUUCUAAACUUCUAUUAUAUUUUUUCUAGAUGAUUAUUUUAUUAUGUUUAAUUAUUUCUAUUGUCAUUUAAUCAUUAUAAAAAAAAGGUUUAAAAAUGAGCUCUCUCUUAUGAAAAACAAAAUAAAAAAUAAAUUAAAAAAUAUAUAAAAAGAGCUAAUCAAAAUUACAAAAUACUUAAAUAAAUAAUUAAUGUUCCUUUCUCAUACUUCUAGAUACAAUCCUUUUGAGGAGUUUAACAGAGCAUUUAAUUCUUUCUGGGAUGAAGAUUUCUCUGAUUAUUUUUCAACAAUGAGAACUCCUUUUAAUAUUUUUGAUAGAAAAAUUUCUAAAGAAGAAUAACUUAGAAGAAGACUUAACAGUCUUCAUAACUAAGAGAAUGAAAUUAAUCAUUAUAUUAAAUAAUAUGAGUCUUAAAUUGAAUAAUUAAAGAAAAACAGAGAUCAAGUUGAGAAAAAAAGAAACGAAAUUACAGAUUAAAUUGCAAGAAUUGCUGAAGAAAAUAAAAAGAUAUAAGAAAAUAAGCAAAAUAUUGCUGCUUAGAAUAGCGAGAAAUUUGAUAGCUCUGACCAGCUUAAAUCAGAAAAUCGUGUAUUUAAGAGAGUCCAUUAUAUUUCAGAUGGAAUGGAGAUUGAAGAAUAGUAUGACAGUACUAAUCCUAAAAACUGCUACAAAAUAAUAAGAAAAUAAGGUGAAAUACCUUAAGUCAUCAGUAAUCAAUCUAAUCCUUAAAUAGAGUAAAAUAAAGCUGAAUAAAAGGUAUAAUCUUAAUAAACUUAAUCAUAAGAAGAAAUUCCUACUGAAAAACUUGGAGACGGUCUUGACGAAAAGCUUGAAUAGCUAUCUAAAAUAACAGGAAAAUCUUAAAAGGAUCUUAGAAAUUUUAUGCUUGAAAACAAAGAGCUUACUCUAGGAUAGCUUUAUGACAAACUUAAUGAAUAAAAAUAAUCUUGA